AUGCCCGCGCAUCCGGCUUGUCCACCCUCGAGCGACAAUCUGCCCACCGUCUCGCACACACCUCCCCUCCUGUGCAUGUCCAUCCUCUCGCGCCCCCUCACCCUCUUGCACACGCCCGCUCAAACCCGCCCGCGCGUUGUUGCCUACCUGUUCCCGCAGCUCGCUCACCCGUUCUCGCCGUCUGUUCACCAGCCCCCGCCGUCUGCUCGCGCAAUCUCGUCGCCCAUCUCUCCUGUCUCGCUCACUGACAUCCGCCAGUCUGGCGCGCUCGCCGUUCCUGGCCGCUCACCGUCCUCGAUCGCUAGCUUGCCUCUGCUCACUCUCACCUCUUCGCUGGCUUGCCCACCUCCCGCUCUUGCUCGCCUGCUCGUUCUCGUUCUCGUCCACCCGUCCCUCUUGCUAGCUCAUGCACUUGUCUGCUCGCUCCUCACUAGCUCGUUCGUCCACUCGGCGCUCUUUCCCGUCCGCCUGUCUUGCCCGCCUGCAUCCUCGCCCUCCUAUCAGCUCACUUGCGUGCCCGUUCGCUCUCGCCUCUCCCGCCCGCUCGCCCUGUAUGGUCUGCACGCCCUCGCGGUUGCCUACGAGGUUCAUGGCGACAACAUCACAUCUCAUGGCAACGGUUCCGAGCUCAUUGACCUUCUCAAGAUCUUCGACUCGGACACCAAGUAG